AUGAAGCCCAAUCCCCAAGAUUUCCCCGAAUGCCCCCAUUCCUCCCCCUCCUCAACGCCACCCCCCAACUACAGUAAUCCUUGCGUUCCCAGCUUCGUAACCAGGGAAGAGCUCAAGGACAUUCUAGUGGAAGUCCUCCGAAUGAAAGAAUCAUCGAGCCCUUCGCAGUCUACUGCACAAUCUACUGCUCCUAACCCAACCGCCGAACUAGACACAAAAGCGAACGAGAAGGAAUCAACCAAAGAAGUGACCCGAGCAUCAAAGUUGGAAUACACAACCGUGAAUGAAAUCUGGAACAAGAAGCAACAUCUUUACGAGAUUGUGAAAGACGUCGAGGAUUCGUCGGACCCAUGCGACAAAUACAAAGAAUAUGUCUUCGUCAAUCGACGCCGACAUGACCGCAAUACAAACGAGAUCAAGACCUACCUUGACUAUAAAUCGCCCGAACUGGUGGAUAUCCUUCGACAUGUGUUGCUAGAUGUAAGCGCCGUCAGUUUGCGGGAAGAUAAGCCAUCGGUGCUGGUUGACGUCCUCUUCCAAUUUCUACCGGAGCUCGAGGAUUUCUACAAAACCCUUGAAGCCGAAUCGACUGCUGGAAAACACCUUUACCUACUUAUUGAAUUCUUGAAAAGACACUUCUCUACGUUGAGGGAUCGCUUAAACCCCCUGUUGGACCAUCAAGAGAUUACUUUUGAGCUCCUCUGGGCAAUGUUCAAGCCAAAUGAGCUUAUCUUUAUGGUUGACCCAUGUUCCGAGCAACCUCGGUGUUUCGUUUAUGACUCGGGUGAAUUCAUAUUGAGCCCCCAAGGGGAUUACUUCGAGAUUGAAUAUCGGUCGCUCGACUACGACGGAAAGAUAUUUGGUGAGGUGACAACGGUGCUUCAGAUCCCGAAGUUUCGAUCCGCUAGAAAGAUAUCCGACCUAGGUGCCUUCCCUCUGAAAUUUCACAAUCGCAAAGCCAAAAUCGAGGCUGAGCUCUCUAAGCGAGGCCGCAAGUUCAAGGGCCUUAUGGGCGUCGCUUACUGCGAAUAUGAAGGUCUUGCCCAUCUCAAGACGAAUAAAGGCCCAUUCAAAUUCCACGUGGCUGGCCGGAUGAUGGUUGAUGCCUUAGCUUUUAAGGAAAAGAACCCGAACUACGGAUUCUCACGGGUAAAGGAAGAGAGCACAGGCGGUUUUAUUAUAUUUUCUGACAAUGGAUAUGAAAAAGAGAAGGACCAGAAGACGGUGAAGCCUCGAAAUCUAGAUGCCAAGAGCAUGACAGACAGGGAGUACAUCCUCUGCAGCCCCACGGUCCUGGGCUUCAGUCUCAGCAAAAGGGUGUGGGCGGAAUUCGCGAUUUCAAAUAUCCGUCCCAUCGACUGGAGCCAGCUAUCGUCGUUCGAUCACUUGGAGAUCCCUAAAGAAAAGAAAACCAUGAUCCAGACGAUGGUGGAGAGCCACAGGCCUGGCUCGGAGAUAUCGUCCUUCGAUGACAUCGUCGUCGGAAAAGGGAGGGGCCUCAUAUUCUUGUUGUAUUGGGAAAACCCUGACGGCGGAGAGUACUGCGGAUCUCCUGAGAAGGCCGCUCUACUCGCGGAUGAUAUGGAAGAACAUCUAUCUCGAGUCCUUGACCUCGUCCGUCGCUGGGAUGCCAUAUUGCUUCUGGACGAAGCUGAUGUCUUUCUGAGCGAACGCAACGUCAACGGCCUGCAUCACAACGCUCUCGUGUCCGUGUUUCUCCGCUCGCUCGAGUAUUUUGAAGGGAUCAUGUUCCUUACUACCAACCGGCACACCACGUUGGACCCGGCAAUGCAAAGUCGGAUACACGUCGGUAUAAAAUAUGAAUCCCUGAGUUUGGAGGCCAAAUCCCGGGUGUGGAACAAACAAUUGAGCAAUGCUGGCGCAAAAAUCUCGAAAAAAGAGUUGGAAAAACUGCUGAAUAAAAGCUCAAAUGGGCGACAGAUCAAAAACAUUGCCCGAGCUGCAUUUGCACUGGCCAAAGGAGAGGUGGUCACCAUCACACAUAUCGAGACAGCUCUGAACUGCGCUGAAGAAUUCGACCUAGACUUCCAUGGCGCUGGAGCGCUUGAUAAUAUGAGAGCAUACACAUGA